CGCCCGCCGUGUGUCGCCGCCACCGCAGGAGGACGACGUCGACGCGGAGGAGGAGGCGGCGGCGGAGGCGUGUUGUUGUCUCGCCCACUCCCCUCCCCUGAACUCGCACCCAACGUCAGGGCGCGAUGGAGUGAAGCGGCGACGAAGGGGGUACUUCCGCGUUGCGCUGCCCGAGCCGAGAGCGCGGCCGAGGCCGCUCCCCCACCCCCGGGGGCACUUGGAGGACUCCGGACUCCCCCGCGGGUCAGCGCCCGGCGCAUCUGGUGUUUUCGCUGCCGAGAACAGGACGACGAGCACGGUCGGAAGCUCCUCCGCCCGGAUUCCUGCUCCCCUCAGGCCCGGAGGCCGCUGCGUACCCCACUGUGACCUGGAACCCAGGGACCCGAGUCCCGACCCGGAUUAUCGUGGCGCGUCUCCCGGCUGGCCCUGGUGCUCGGUGUCCCUCCGCCGCCGCUGCCGCCGUUCCCGUUUCCGGCGGGGGAGAUGGCCAGGAUCUGACCCGGGAGGAGGCCGCACCCGCGCCGCGCUCUGCGGCGGGCUCUAGGCGAUGCCGAGCAGCUCGGACACGGCGCUGGGGGGAGGCGGGGGCUUGAGCUGGGCGGAGAAGAAGUUGGAGGAACGCCGCAAGCGAAGGCGAUUCCUGUCCCCUCAGCAGCCGCCGCUGCUGUUGCCGCUCCUGCAGCCGCAGCUCCUGCAACCGCCGCCGCCCCCGCCGCCUCUGCUCUUCCUGGCUGCUCCCGGCACGGCCGCCGCCGCAGCCGCCGCCGCCGCGGCCUCCUCCUCUUGCUUCAGCCCGGGCCCCCCUCUGGAGGUCAAGCGGCUGGCGAGAGGCAAGAGGCGCGCAGGAGGGCGGCAGAAGCGGCGCCGCGCCGCCAAGAGCGGCAGCAGCAGCAGCAGCAGCGGCCGCCGGAAAAGCGCCUCGGCCACGUCCAGCAGCAGCAGCAGCCGUAAGGACCGAGACCCGAAGGCCCAUCGGAGCCGGACUAAGUCGUCCAAGGAGCCGCCUUCGGCCUACAAGGAGCCGCCCAAGGCCUACCGGGAGGACAAGACCGAGCCCAAGGCCUACAGGCGGCGGCAGCGGUCCCUGAGCCCACUGGGAGGCCGGGACGACAGUCCGGUGUCCCACAGGGCCUCGCAGAGCCUGAGGAGCCGCAAGUCCCCCAGCCCGGCGGGAGGUGGCAGCAGCCCCUAUUCCCGGCGGCUGCCCCGCUCCCCGAGCCCCUACAGUCGCCGCCGCUCCCCCAGCUACAGCCGUCACAGCUCCUACGAGCGGGGCGGCGACGUGUCCCCCAGCCCCUACAGCAGCAGCAGCUGGCGCCGCUCCCGGAGCCCCUACAGCCCUGUGAUCAGACGGUCUGCCAAAUCUCGAAGCAGAAGCCCAUAUUCAUCUAGGCAUUCAAGAUCUCGUAGCAGGCACAGACUGUCUAGAUCCAGAAGUCGUCAUUCUAGCAUUUCUCCUAGCACACUAACUCUGAAGAGUAGCCUGGCAGCUGAAUUGAACAAGAAUAAAAAAGCACGAGCUGCAGAGGCAGCAAGAGCUGCAGAGGCAGCGAAAGCUGCAGAAGCAGCUAAGGCUGCCGAGGCUGCUGCCAAAGCUGCCAAAGCUUCAAACACUUCCACUCCUACCAAGGGGAACACAGAAACUGGUGCCAGUGCGUCACAGACCAACCACGUGAAGGAUGUGAAGAAACUUAAAACUGAGCAUGCACCUUCUCCCUCAAGCGGUGGAACUUUAAAAAAUGACAAGGCAAAGACAAAGCCACCUCUUCAGGUAACAAAGGUGGACAAUAAUUUGAUUGUAGAUAAAGCUACCAAGAAAGCAGUUGUAGUUGGAAAGGAGAGUAAAUCUGCUGCUACAAAAGAGGAACCAGUAUCUCUUAAAGAGAAAACCAAACCACUUACACCAAGCAUAGGAGCCAAGGAGAAGGAACAACAUGUGGCUUUAGUGACCUCUACGUUACCACCGUUACCUUUGCCUCCCAUGCUGCCCGAAGAUAAAGAUGCUGAUAGCUUACGAGGAAAUAUUUCGGUAAAAGCGGUUAAAAAAGAAGUAGAAAAGAAACUACGAUGCCUACUUGCUGAUUUACCACUGCCCCCUGAGCUGCCAGGAGGAGAUGAUCUCUCAAAGAGUCCAGAGGAAAAGAAAACAACAACACAGUUACAUAGUAAAAGGAGGCCUAAAAUAUGUGGGCCUCGCUAUGGUGAAAUCAAAGAAAAAGAUAUUGACUGGGGAAAACGCUGCGUGGAUAAAUUUGAUAUCAUCGGAAUUAUUGGAGAAGGUACCUAUGGACAAGUUUACAAGGCCAGGGAUAAAGACACUGGAGAAAUGGUAGCCUUAAAAAAAGUACGUCUAGAUAAUGAAAAGGAAGGCUUUCCAAUCACAGCAAUUCGAGAAAUUAAAAUUCUCCGGCAGCUUACCCACCAGAGUAUUAUCAAUAUGAAGGAAAUAGUGACUGAUAAAGAAGAUGCUUUGGAUUUUAAGAAGGAUAAAGGUGCAUUUUAUCUGGUGUUUGAAUAUAUGGACCAUGACCUGAUGGGACUACUGGAAUCAGGCUUGGUUCAUUUUAAUGAAAAUCACAUAAAGUCAUUUAUGAGACAGCUCAUGGAAGGUCUGGAUUAUUGUCAUAAGAAGAACUUUUUGCAUAGAGAUAUUAAAUGUUCAAAUAUCCUUCUAAAUAAUAGAGGGCAGAUAAAACUUGCAGAUUUUGGACUUGCUCGAUUGUAUAGCUCAGAAGAAAGUCGACCAUAUACUAACAAGGUCAUCACUUUAUGGUACCGUCCACCUGAACUGCUGCUGGGAGAAGAAAGAUACACACCAGCUAUUGAUGUGUGGAGCUGUGGAUGUAUCCUUGGUGAGCUCUUCACUAAAAAGCCUAUAUUUCAAGCAAAUCAGGAACUUGCACAACUAGAAUUAAUAAGCCGUAUAUGUGGGAGUCCAUGCCCUGCAGUGUGGCCUGACGUAAUCAAACUUCCAUAUUUCAACACCAUGAAACCAAAGAAGCAGUAUCGUCGAAAGUUAAGAGAAGAAUUUGUUUUUAUUCCUGCAGCCGCACUAGACUUAUUUGAUUACAUGCUCGCCUUGGAUCCUAGUAAGCGCUGCACUGCAGAGCAGGCUCUUCAGUGUGAGUUCCUGCGGGACGUGGAGCCCUCAAAAAUGCCUCCACCAGACCUUCCUUUAUGGCAAGAUUGUCAUGAGUUAUGGAGUAAAAAGCGAAGAAGACAGAAGCAGAUGGGCAUGACUGAUGAUGUUUCCACAGUCAAAGCCCCCAGAAAGGACCUGUCUCUGGGCAUGGACGACAGCAGAACCAGCACACCUCAGGGCGUGCUGCCGUCUGCACAGCUGAAAUCUCAGGGCAACUCGAAUGUAGCACCUGGUGAAAAACAGACAGAUCCAUCAACACCACAGCAGGAGUCUUCGAAACCGCUGGGAGGAAUUCAGCCCUCUUCUCAGAACGUCCCGCCGAAAGUGGAGACGGACGCCACCCAGGCAGCUGUGCAGAGCGCGUUUGCGGUUCUGUUGACUCAGUUAAUAAAGGCCCAGCACUCAAAGCAGAAGGACAUGCUGCUCGAAGAGAGGGAGAACGGAUCGGGACAUGAAGUGUCACUGCAGCUCAGGCCACCCCCGGAACCGGGCACUCCGGGAGCGGGGCAAGAUGACCUCAUUCAGCACCAGGAUAUGAGGAGACUGGAGCUCACGCCAGAGCCAGACCGGCCUCGCAUUCUGCCUCCUGAUCAGCGGCCUCCUGAACCCCCCGAACCCCCACCGGUCACGGAAGAGGAUCUGGAUUAUCGGACAGAAAACCAGCACGGACCCACCACUGGUUCUUCAUUAACUGACCCUCAUGCCGGGGUGAAAGCAGCCCUGUUACAGCUACUUGCCCAGCAUCAGCCGCAGGACGACCCCAAAAGAGAAGGUGGUGUUGAUUACCAAGCAGGAGACACUUACGUACCCACUUCAGACUACAAGGACAAUUUUGGAUCCUCUUCUUUCUCUUCUGCUCCGUACGUUAGCAGUGACGGUCUCGGGGGCGGCUCCGCUCCACCGUUGGAACGACGCAGCUUCAUUGCGAACUCAGACAUCCAGCCUUUGGAUAACUACAGUACUCCUUCAUCUCAUUCUGGUGGUCCACCUCAGCCUUCUGCCUUUUCCGAGUCAUUUCCCAGUUCGGUAGCUGGAUAUGGAGACAUUUACCUCAAUGCUGGUCCCAUGUUGUUCAGUGGAGACAAGGACCAUAGAUUUGAAUAUAGCCAUGGCCCCAUCGCAGUCCUGGCAAACAGCAGUGACCCUUCCACAGGGCCAGAGAGUACUCAUCCUUUGCCAGCAAAGAUACACAACUAUAACUAUGGUGGUAACUUACAGGAAACCCCGGGCGGCCCUGGCCUCAUGCAUGGACAGACCUGGACUUCUCCUGCCCAGGGACCUGGAUAUUCACAAGGAUACAGGGGACACAUUAGCACAUCAGCUGGCAGAGGGCGAGGCAGAGGGUUACCAUACUGAGUAUCUGUUUUUCCUCAGGCACAUCAUUUUUAUCUGGAAAGACUUUUCUAGCUGCAGUUUAAGGCAGCAAUCCAAGAGACUUGAAUAAUAUUAAUUCAACAACAGCUUUAUUUUUAUGUGGAAAAGGGUCUUGCAUACAAUAGUUUAAAAAAAAAGACAAAAAAACCUUUGCUUAAAUUCAUGCUGUUCUACAAACUAGAUCUAUUGAUUGUACAUCUUCACAAAUUCUAGUUAACAAUUUUAUUUUGUAUUCUUGCAGUUUUAAGUGGAUGCUAAUCUUAGGGACAUAAAGGUCUUUUAUGGCCCUCUUGCAGAUCUUCUGAACUAUGCACAUUUGUGCUUUUUUUGUAAGUUUGGACCAACUUUUAUGUAACAAACAACUGACCCCCCCACCCACCCCCGCCCCAGUUUUACAACAAUCAGAAAGGGCACUGAUUUAUUUGGUAUUUUUCUUUUUACAAAGCUACCUUUAGUCAAAGGUCACUGUCAGUCUUUGCACCUGCUUUCAGUGUUAUUGUGAAAGGUGUACUUUGUGCUCAUUUCAGAAAAUAAAACACAACCUUUCUCUUGAUGCAGCAGUUUUAUAAAAAAAAAAGAUGGUCAACGUUAUUUUUGGGUUUUUUUUUUUGCAGAUUAUCAUAGCCUAGCAAAAUGCAUUCAAACGAAAUAGUGGGUUUUAUAUGAAAAAUAUGGGUGGGGUGGGGAGGGUAAGUAAGUGCCUUAACAGGUAAGCUUAAGGUCUGAAGAAGUAGUUAACCUUUACACCCAUUUAUCUCUAAAGGGAAUCAGUACAUUGUAGUGAGGAGGCGCAGGGCGCUCUCAAGUGUUGAGGGGCUGCCUGUUCAGCUCAGUUCCUGUUAGAUCCAUCCCCCCGUCUGUCACCCUCUUCUCCUUUCUUUGAGCUGUGUCACCUUCCACUGCCACCUUCUCUUGAUAGGAGCGUGAGAGCAGAGAAAGGGAGUGCAACUGCAGUCAGCACCUUUGGUUACUUGCGAGAAGUUCUAAAAAGCUUUGUCACUUAAAUGAUUGAAAGCAGCAGCUAGGUGAGAACUUCAGGGUACCGUCUUCUUUCAGGCUGCCAUAUGUCCCCGUUUCCUUUUGCCAUGGGUAAUUGGAGGGCAGGAGCCUAGAAGCAAAGCUUCAUAACUGAAUUUGCAUAGUUCCCUUAAAGUUCAUGGGGGGAGGGGUGGCAAACACCAUUUUUUAAGUUAAUGCAGUUACCAUCUUAAGACAAAGUUAACUCUGUUCACUUUGUUAACUAGAAACAUUGCCUGGAUUGAAUUUAUUGAAGCAAAAAGAAAAAGUAGCGCAAGAAAACCUCUUACGUUCCCUCCUCUCUUUUUCUGUGAGAUUGAUUAUGACUUCUGCGAGACCUAGGGUAAAUUUGUUUUAGUUGAUUUUAACUUUUGUUUUCUAUUAAAAGCAACAAAGAUUGAUGGACUAACCCUAUUUAAACUGUAGUUACGUCAAGUCUAACUAACGUUCUGUGCACACUCAAACACACAUACACUUAUAAUAAUUCUAGAAAGGAACCAAAGGUAAAUAACCAGUGUUUCCAUUAGCACUAAAAGGCAAAAUAGACUCUGGAAAUGAGAGUUGUGCCAAUUAACCAUCUUGUUUUAACUGUUCUCCUGGUAACUUAUUAUUUGAUUGGAACCUUAAAUUGGAACAACUGUUACCGAAUGGAAGUUUCUCCAGUUCUAAAGUCAGUCUUUUAACCCUGUGCCCUCUGACUUGUGAACCUUCAUUUCAUAACAGUAUAUGGGAAGCAUUGUAGUUUGGUGACAGUAAGAAUAUUUUAAAGUAAAUAAUUUACAUUUUACUGCUAUAAAAUGAGUUGAUGUCAGUUGACCAUUUUAUCUUUUGAUGGAAUUUUUUUUGUUAUUUGGGAAAAAGAAAUGAAUGGAAGAAAAAAUUAUUUUGCUUUUAUUUGAAUAUUGAGUACUAACAACUUACAAUAAACUACAUUGCAGGAAGUGAAAAAAUAUUUUGAAAUUUAGCAAAAUAGCUACAGUAUUCCAGUAUCUGAAAUUUUAAUAUGGUGAGUCCUAGAGCUUUAGACUUUCCUAUAAGUGACAGUAUCUAAGUUAUUAUUCGUAAUAGUCACACUUGAUAAUUCUGCUGACCAUAGCAGCUAACCUAAAAUUGAAGAUAUUUAUGUGACAUGAAUAGCCUGUGUUUUAAAAAUUAAAUAUUUUAUAUAAAAUUGAACUGUGUUUGGAUAGUUUUUCCUAACAUUUCAGUUAUAUAUUUAUGUUGGAAGAGUGGCUGGGAGGACAAGGAAAUUGUUGCUUGAAAUUGAUAAUUUAAACUACAGAUGUUAAUAUUAUUACCCUAAGACAGCACUGAUUGUGAGAUGUAGCAGUAUUUUGUACACUAGUUAGGAAAAAUGUUGCCACAGUUAAACCACAACACGAUGCUAAGAUGCAUCAGUUGUAAUUGAUCUUUCCAAAUUCAGAGAUGUUAUUAUAUGAAAGAAUGUUUCUUAAAAUCGAUGAAAUGUGGUAGUAAAAAUCUUAAUGCAUCCUUCCAUACCAUUCAUUUAAUACUUAAGUAAAUUUGGGUUAAUAAAAAGAGCAGGGUUAGGAUAGCACUAAUUCUGUAUGUUACAAGAACUGCAGUAGGCACUGAAUAUUCUUGAGUGAAAUUUAAGGAACAGAAGAUACUACUUAAGUUUUUGGGGAAGAAACAGGUAAGUCAGAUUACAAGUGAGAAGAUGAAAAUAGAAAAGACUGGCCUACCAAAAUAAUAAAAUAUUCUCUCCCACGUGAAAUUCCCUUUUGUACUUUCUGACACAGCAGGUUUUUCUGCAUGUAACUCAGUAUGCUCCUCUAGUCUUCAGUCCAUUGUUUGUUGGAGAGUUGCAGUCACCCAUGAAGUUUUAAAAGAGUCUUUUAAAACUUGAAGGGUUUAUUGAUUACAAUAGUUUGUGAAUGUGAAAGUAAGGUAAUGCUUUAGCUGUGAUGCAGAUCUUCACUCUGUCAGUUAGAAAUAUUCAGUGCCUGCCACGUGCCAGGGGCUAGCACCUGGGAUACAUCAACCAACACGAAGGCACUAAAUCGUGCUUCUGGUAGGCUGACGGUGCGCAAGAAGAUUUAAAAAGUGGAGAAGCUAGUAGUAGUUGCUACUCUUCAGCUGUAUUUAAAUUACACUUCUGUGAAUGUAAGACAUGAAAAUGUGUCUUUGUAAAAUUUUAAAGUCAAAUUUGAAAUAGAGAAAGUUGAAAGAAGUAGAACUGGAAACCCAAUGAUGAGAAUAAAAUUUUAAGUUGAAUCUGGCCAGUGUGCAGCAGGCCAAUUUGUAGGAAAUAGCAAGAUUCUUGAGAAAAAGGGAAGGCAAAUGGGUUUUAAAUGCUUCCAGACUAAUUUUACUGGUACUUCUGAGUUAAAGUUUUGCUGUAUUUCCUAUGAGCUUAAUCCAACUUCAGGUGAUUUUUCACGCUAGGGCUUUUUAUUUUUUAAAGUAAAGCUGAAGUAUGAAAUUUGAAUAAAGAUCUACUGAUUCCCUGGACUGAUUUUGACAUUUCAAAAGUGAGCAGGAUGUCCCAAUAACCUAAAAUCAUCUGGUCCGUCUCUAAACUUCACAGCUAGGAAAAAUGAGCUUUAGAUGGAUUACCAGUGUUGUUCUUCUAAGCCAUAUCAAUUCUAUAGUAAAUACUUUUUAAUGAGAAUGUUUACUGUUAAAAUUUUUACCAGUGUUAUAGUAAAAUAAAAUAAUUAAAUUUAGAAUACAGAACAACUAGUGUAACACAGAUGGCUUUAAAAAGUCAAUUUUAAAAAGGCUUCAGGAAAAAAUAGGAAAAUAAAAUUUUAGAAAAAAUUAGAAACUAUGGAUAGUCUUUAAGGAGGUUCCUCAUUUUCAAUUUUAAGACAAUAGUUAUUUAGCCAACAAUUAGAUAAUAAGACUGAAUUUUUCAUUUAAACUUACUUUCUACUUGUAGGAGAAAGAUCAUUAUCAGCAGGCCUGCAAACAUUGCAUUUGAAUUCUAAGAUUUUAUAAUUUCAAGCAGUUUUAUAAGGGGAGCAAUGGCUUGUCAUUUACCAAAGGCCUUUCCAGAUAAUUUAUAAAACUGUUUCUAGUUUAAUUAAAAAUAAAAGCUAUUAAAAGAAAAUAAAGCUAUCAAGGGGUCCAGCUGAAGAUGGGGAAAACAAAAUUUUGAUAUAUUGGAAAAGAUCUUGCCCUUUGAAUUAUACAGACUAACAUUUUGUGUGUCUUUUUCUUUCACCAUAUCAAAUGUCCCAUUAAAAAAAUUUUCCAAUUGAAAAUGCCACAUUGAAAAUGAGGCUCUGUAGUGAAUCACUCUUUAAAUUUUUUUUCAGUUAAUUUGUUGUAAAGGUGUACUUUUUUGCAAGAACUUUUAGUAGAGUCUCGUAAUUGCUAACUAAUGUGUUUAAUAUAAGCCAUUUGUUUGACAAAAGAAAAAAAGGCUGUAUUUGAUAGUCUGUAAAUAAACUGCCCUAAGAAUUC